CCCAAAUCACCCAAACUAUGCUUCUGUCGCAUCGCACUGCAUAGCCAUUCACCAUCGCCUUUUAGAGACCGGUCGACAUCGCUGGAGGCCCACCGUCGCAUCGUGCAUUUCGACGAUCGCCUGUGAGCCACGGCUCGUCAUUCCGCCGCAUCUCACCUUGAAUCUCGUGCUCCUCAGCCACCGACGACGGUCGUUUGCAGCCAUACCUCGCCAUUUCAUUGCAUUUCAGCUCUGCAUCUCGCGCUCGUGAGCCACCGACGACUGUCGUUUGCAGCCACGCCCCGCCGUCGCGCCACACGCCAACUGCAUGCCCACACUCUGAAGUUAACCAACAUGUCAUGGUUAAGUCUCGCAAGAGCUAGAAGAAUUCCUCACAUCAAAUCUGUACUAAAAUGUCAUCCUCUUCAACCAAGGGCCCAUGAUUUUAGCGGAGCCAACAGGUACAAGAACAUCAGCACUCCACAAAAUUGGUCGAGUUUUGUCGGUCAUCACCGGGUUCCUGUGCCAAGAUUUGAAGUUAGCACGCCACCAAUCGGUCGUUGGCUUGAUAAUAGUUGUAGGAAGAGGCAUUUCGCUACUUACCAAACUUUUACUAGUGCAGAACGGAAAUCAAGAAAAAUGCUGAUAUAUCUAACGGGUGUGGUUGCUGUCAUGAUUGGGUGUACUUAUGCUGCUGUUCCUCUUUAUAGAAGGUUCUGCCAAGCUACUGGCUAUGGAGGGACCAUUCAGCGUCGGGAGACUGUUGAAGAGAAGAUUGCACGCCAUGGUAAAGAAGGAACUGUCACCACAAGGGAUAUCGUGGUGCAAUUUAAUGCCGAUGUGGCUGAUGGAAUGCCUUGGAAGUUUAUCCCUACUCAAAGAGAGGUGAAGGUAAAGCCAGGAGAGAGUGCUCUUGCAUUUUAUACGGCUGAGAACCGAAGUUCAACCCCAAUAACUGGUGUAUCUACAUAUAAUGUGACCCCUAUGAGGGCUGCCGUGUACUUCAAUAAAAUACAAUGCUUUUGCUUUGAGGAGCAGCGUCUUCUUCCUGGGGAGCAAAUUGAUAUGCCUGUAUUCUUUUAUAUUGACCCAGAAUUCGAAACAGAUCCAAGAAUGGAUGGAAUUAACAAUAUAAUUCUAUCCUAUACAUUUUUCAAGGUUGAGGAGUGAAUGAUCCUUAUGCCUGAACAUCCUUCCUCAAAUAAGAGCUUUGCAUGGUACUGCCUGCUGCCUUCAUACUUAAUUUGGUACAGAUAGUUAUAUAAAUGAUGGAUUAAUUUCUGUCUGGUCGUGCUUAUGACCAUGGAUUUUGAUUCCUAAAUACCUUCAUUUUCAAGUGGCAAAGUGGGAUUUUUUAUAUUACAAAUGACUGAUGUUAGCUUAAGGGUUCGCUCAA